CCGCCCCGCGCCCCGGAUGGGGAAGGAGGCGGGCGGCUGCCCUGUCCCGGCCGCGCGCCCCAGCGGACUGGCGGGCAGGAACUUGGCUGUGUUGUCCGGCCUCAGAGAAGAGACUCAUCCACUGCAGGCCUAGCCUGGGUCGCUGCUUUUGAAAACAAGGGAAGGCCGGUACAAUUAUCAGCCAGAACCCGGCAUGGAAUCGUCAGAGAGGUCUCAUUUCUCUACUGUAUGAAGACGAGAACCACCUGGACUUCUGCCCGGGAAACUGAACGGGCCCGCGUUCCAGGGGAAAGACAAUGAGCGCCGAACCUGAGACGCAGGCCGAGGAGAUCAGGUGGCAGAAGGUCUUGUAUGAGCGACAGCCCUUUCCCGACAACUACGUGGACCAGCGGUUCCUGGAGGAGCUCCGCAAGAACAUCCACGCCCGGAAGUACCGCUACUGGGCUGUCGUGUUUGAGUCCAGCGUGGUCGUGCAGCAGCUGUGCAGUGUCUGUGUUUUCGUGGUCAUCUGGUGGUAUAUGGACGAGGGGCUUCUGGCCCCCCACUGGCUUUUCGGGACCGGCCUGGCUUCUUCGCUGGUCGGCUAUAUUUUGUUUGAUCUCCUCGAUGGAGGUGAGGGACGGAGGAAGAGUGGGCGGACCCGGUGGGCCGACUUGAAGAGCGCCUUGGUCUUCAUCACUUUCACGUACGGCUUCUCGCCCAUUCUGAAGACCCUGACAGAGUCGGUCAGCACUGACACCAUCUACGCCAUGUCCGUCUUCAUGCUGUUAGGCCACCUCGUCUUCUUCGACUACGGCGCCAACGCGGCCAUUGUGUCCAGCACACUGUCCUUGAACAUGGCCAUCUUCGCUUCUGUCUGCCUUGCCUCGCGCCUGCCCCGGUCCCUGCACGCCUUCAUCAUGGUGUCGUUUGCCAUCCAGAUUUUUGCCCUGUGGCCCAUGCUGCAGAAGAAGCUGAAGGCGCGCACUCCCCGCAGCUAUGUGGGGGUCACCCUGCUCUUUGCAUUUUCAGCCCUGGCAGGCCUGCUGUCCAUCAGCGUCGUGGGCGCCACCCUCUUUGCCCUCCUGCUGGUGUCCAUCUCCUGCCUCUGCCCUUUCUACCUCAUCCGCCUGCAGCUUUUUAAAGAGAACAUUCAUGGGCCUUGGGAUGAGGCUGAGAUCAAAGAAGACUUGUCCCGGUUCCUCAGCUAAGCUGGGGACCCCCUUUUCCUUACAAAGGCAAGCUCAUAGUCUAGCCUCCCCACGACGUUAAGACCUGAAGGCAGACUUCCAUCCUGGUGGAUGCCGCAGACUGAUGUGGGUGGGAGAACACAGAGAUCAGAGGAGAAAGUUAACCAACGUGCUGAUCUGUGUUGUUACUUGGCCGAUGAAAAAGCUUUCUGGGGCCCUCAGGGAUCAUUGUCUCUGGUUUAUUAGUCUCUGUGACCAAGGAAGUGAUGUGGUUUCUAUAUAUUAAACAACAACGUAUCCAUCAAA